AUGGCGACCGAUGUGCAGCUCAGGGAGUGGGUCUCCGACAAGCUCAUGAGCCUCUUGGGCUACUCCAAGAACGUCGUCGUCCAGUACGUCAUCAGGCUUACGAAGGAGUCCUCUUCAAUGGGUGACCUCGUGGGCAAGCUCGUCGAGUUUAGGUUCACCUCAUCUGUGGAGACCCAUGCCUUCGCAUCGGAUGUCUAUGCCAAGGUUCCCCACAGGGCCAGCGGCAUCAGUAAUUACUAG